UUUAUGAGACGCUUGGCAUUUUGUAAAUUUUAUUAACGGACAAAAAGAAGUGACUACAAUAAUAAUAAUAAAAAUACGUUUGUUGUCAAUUGAAUUAUAUAUGUUUAGAAAAAAUAAUUAUUCAAAAUGUAGUGAGUAGUAAUAAUGACAAUGAACUACAAUUUUUAAUAAUCUGGUCAAGUAGAAUUUUUUUAGUUUAAAUCGUUUAAAUAUUCCGUGAUAAUUUCGUAAUAUUUUUUAUUAAAAAAAAACAUACACAUAUAAAACGUUAUGGAUGAAGAAGAACGUAGAAGACGCGCCGUGGAGGCAGGAAAAGAAAUGCUUGAAAGAUUUAAAGCCGAACGAUUGGCUCGAACAUCUCAAGCUUCUGACGAUGAUUCCUUUCGAAAUAGUUUACCGAGACAAUAUUUAGGACCCGAUGGUGCCAGUGCAAACGAGAGUGUUUUUUCCCGCGAUGUCACGUACAGCAGUGUAAGCAUGAGUGAAGGCGAGGGUGAAGGAGAAUUGGAAGUAAUGGCCGGUAGAGUAGCAGAAUUAGAUGAAUUGAGACAGGGAAAAGUGGCUGUACUUGAAGGACUAACAGCAGAAAUAGAACAUCUUCGAGGUGAUAAUUCUUCACCAAAUUCCUCACACAACAGUAGCCAUACUAGCAGUAUUCAAAAUAAUUCAAAUAUCAUAGCCAUUUACCAUUCUAAACUUCAAGAAUUUGAAUCAGCUGUUCAGCAACGUGAUAAAGUUAUUGAAGAUUUAACCACAUCCUUAGUGCAAGCACUGGGUGUUCGUGAUAGUUUAGUUGCACAGUUAAAUUCUCUUAAUUCUGUAAAGCUAGACAAUGCCAAUGUGGAAAAACUCACACAAGAAAAGAUAAGUGCCUUAGAGUCGAAUGUCGGCGAGCAAAAAAAUGUGAUUACUGAUCUUAAGGAACGAAUCAAAGAGUCUUAUGAAAGGAUACAAAAAUUAGAAAUGGAGAAAGAAUUGCAAACUUCGGAAAUUGGUGAUUAUAAAAUGCAAGUUAAUAAUUUGAACAAAGAAAUUCGCGCUGGUAUUGAAACAAUAGAGCAACAAAAAUUGGCCGAAGCACGCGUUGAUAAGAUCAAAAAGGAAAUGCAAGUCCUCAUGGAAAAAUUCACAGCCGAAAUUAAUGCGAAUACUCUCGAACAUCAAAAAGAACUGACGGAACUGGAAAAGAAAUACGAACAUGAAUUGGAGACAAUCAAGGAAACCUAUGAGAAUAAUAUGCAAAAGAUAAGAGAUGAAAAAAUACAACAGGAAAAUGUUCAUUCUAAAGAAUUGGCAGUGUUUCAAGCACAGGUGGUGAAUUAUAAAAAGACCGUCGAGGCACUAAGACUUGAAUUGAUGAAUCACAGUGAAAUGCAAUCGUCUCGAACAAAUUCAAGUUUACAACGUUCGAAAAUCGACGACCUCGGCGAUGAUUUACUGAACGAACAGAUUCGUUUGCAUAAACUUCAAUUGGACGAUAUGACAGCAAAAUAUAUGGCAGCUGCCAGUGUUCUAGAGUCAAAAGAAAGUAUCGAACGUUCCUUAGAGCAAGCCCUGUCCGAUGUUGCCUCACUGAAACAAGAUAAUGAAAUGCUUAAAUUUAAAUUAGACGAUCUCACAGCACGUUACGCGGCCUCUCAAUCACUCCUUGAAAAUAAUCAAAUGCACGAGCGUUCGCUCAAUACGAAAAUUUUCGAUUUAGAAAAAACUCUAUCAAGACUCAGUGGAAUUAGUUCCAGUUCAUCGCCAUUCGAUGCGACCGUCUAUCAGAAUCUUGACGAUUUUGCAACUCACUAUCAACAUCAUAUUCACAAACUCGAGGAGAAAACACAAUUGGAGAAGAAACUGCAGAGUCGUAUCGACGAUCUCGAGAAGAGUAUUCGAAUAGCCAAUGACGAAUUAGAACAAGCGAACAAUAUGAAACGCUCCUAUGAAAAGCAACUCAAGGAAAUGAAAAAUACUUGCGACAAAUUGCAACAAGAUGCGUCGAGAAAUAAAAACGAAGAAAUUGAAAAUCUAAAAACGUUGCUUCACGAAAAAGAAGUCGAGAAUAACGAAUACAAAACCAAAUUACAAGAGAUUAAUGAUCGUACAAAACGAGUCGAAACUGAGCGGGAGAAAUUAAAAAACGGUCUUGUAGCCGCUUGGGCAGAAUGUGCGGAGUAUAAACGUCUCAAUCAAACCCUAAUGGGCGAGAGUAAAAUCGACGAUUCUGUUCUAUCGGAAAAAAGUCAUAUUAUCGAGGAUAAUAAUAAUUUUGAUUUGUCAAAUCUUUCCCUAGAACAAUCGACAAACAAAAGUUCAACAAACGAUAGUACAAAAACAAUAGCCAAUAUUUCGACCAAUGAUCUAAUUAAAUUACAAACGGACAUGGAAUCACUCACCAAGGAGAAUGAACGUCUAAUGAACGAAUUAAAAGAUUCAACCGUCAAAUUAUUAAACUAUCAAGAAAUGGAGAAAAUAAUCGAUAAAUAUCAGGAGCAAUUUGAAAAGUUAAAAAAUGAAAAUGAAAAAUUAUUGCAACAAAUCGUUGAUUUUAAAGACGAGGCCGAAUGCAUUGAUUCAUUAAAGCAAUGUGUCGAUCGACUAAAUAAGGAAAAUGAAAAAUUCAUCCAACGCAUUGAUGAAAUUUGCACAAAACACAAAGGCGAAAUUAGUGAAUUGGAAAAGAAACAUCAGAAUGAAAUGGAAGAAUUGAGAACGUACUUUGAGGAAAAGUGUCUACAAAUGGAGAAACAAUAUUCGGAGGAGAUUUUCAGUCAACAAUCGAAGAAAAUGUCGGAUGAUAGUGAAAUUGAGGAGCUAACGGAGGAUUUAUACUUUGGAGGUGGUGCUGGUGAUUGUGCGAAUGUGACAAAUUUCGAUAGUCAUUCAAAAAUCGAGGCAUCAUUAACAAAUGGAGAAUCUAUUAUUGCUGAGUAUAAGGCGAAAAUUAAUUCGCUACAAGAAGCACUCAGAAAUAUUAAGGAGAAAGGAUCUCGUACUUCUCUUCUCAAGGCUGUUAAUCAGUUUUGUCAAACUGAUUUGGACGAGACGGCGUUGGAAAAUAGUGAGUUGACGAAAUUACGAGUCGCUUAUAAUCAUCAACUUGAAGAACAAGUGGCACUUGCUCGGCUCGAUAUUGUCAACGCACUUCAGGACCAAAUUCAGACUUUACUCACAAUUGAUGCGGACGUCGAAGAAAAUUGGCCGCUGGAAUUACUGGAACUGAGAAAUAAAUUCACAAGUAACGCUAAACGGGAAAUUCAAGAAUUAAAGGACAAACAUGAUCUUGAAUUAAAACGCCUGAAGGAGGAGCACAAUUCUAAUCUAAAUAUUGCUAAUCGCACGAUUAAACGAUAUGAAGAGGAAAUGAAGAAAACUAAAGAGCAAUAUAAUCAGGCGAUUCAAUCCUCAAAUUCCGAAGGAGAAAAAUCUUCCUUAAGAAACGAUUUACUCAAAGAACGAGACAACUUAAUCAGAACUUGCAAAACAUUGAAGAACGUAAUUACUGAUUUGAUAAAUUACUUUGCAAUUUGCGAGGACGAAGUGAAUAAUUCAUUUAUCAGUGAAGUCCUCGAGAGAAGAACACCUCAGAAAUUAAAUUCACAAUGUGACGAUAAUUCACCAUCAAGUAAUGAGAAACAAAAAAUAAAGGAGAUAAAACGCGUUCAUUUUGCGCCAAAUACUGGUGAAAUUGCCUCAAUUGUCAAUAGUGACAAUGAGAGUAUUUCGGAAACAAUUGAAAAGGAUAUUGAUAUUGCAAAAAAUUUCCGACGCGAACUAAAUGAAUGUUUAACACGUUUAAAAACUGAGAUUGCACAAAUUCUCGGCAUUUCAUUUAGUCACGAUGAAUUGAAUGUUGAUCAGAUUUCGAAAAAAUUGUUGAGGAUGACUCGGAAUAAUGAGGAAUUAAAUAGUAAAGUUUUGGAAGCUGAGAAUAUGAUUGUCGGAUAUCAAGAGGAGGUGGAACAAUUGAAAAUGAAAAUUCAUAAUAUGCAAAAAUCAUUGAUUGAAAAUAAGCAGGAAAUUAUUUCUGAAGGUUAUGGGGAACAGGAUCAAACUUGUGAGGAUGAAUUGCAGGAUAUUUCGCAGCUUCAAGAUCGAGCGAGAAGUGUGAUCAUGAAUGGCAACGCGGAUAGCAGUUAUCUUUUGCAAUUGGUCGAAGAAUUGUGCAGGCACAACGACAAAAUCGCCGAUGACUCAAAGAAGGAUAAAGACGAUUUGCAAAAUCAGCAGGUGUCAUUAGAACCCAAUCCUCCCUCAUACAUUCACAGGGUUUGCUGUCGAAAGAUAAGCGCUGCCGAUAAACAAUUAAAAGCAAUGAAAAAAUUCCUUGAGGAACAAACCAGCGAGAGGGAGAAUGAAAUUGACGAGGCAACGAAGAAAAUUGAACAUUUGGAAAGUCAGCUUCGUGAUUUGGAAAGGACCAAAGAAAGAGAUCAGCGAAUGACUUCUGAGUCUUCACUAUCGCCUGUACCGUCGACAGAAUCCCUUGUACUACAAACAACUGACACCCGAACAGAUGUGGAGGCAUUGGAAUUGCAAAUGCGGGAAAUGUCGUCAAUGAUGUCGGACACUGAGGCAAAGAAAUCGGAAGCCGAGAGUGAAUUAAAAGCGGCGGUGGACAAAAUUUGGGUCUUACGGGACAUUAUAGCUGAUCUCGAACAACAGGUGCAGUCGAAAGUUGAACAGGAGGACGUUCUUUUGAAUCGUAUUGAUCAAUUGGAAAAAUUGAUAUCAGUUCAAAAUCGCAAUCAACAGGAACUUGCGCUCGAAUUGGAGUCUAUUAAAUCAGGCAGUGAGAAUCUUCAAUUGAACGAGCAUAUUAGUCAUCUUCAAGAGGAAUUGAGAAAGCACAAAGUCAGCUCAGAGCAUUUUAAUUCAAAUUCCUCGACACUGAAGCAAAUUCGAAUGGAGAUUCGUGAAAUGCACAAUCAUUUGGAUAAACGAAUUAAGGAAUUGGAAGCGCUGCAUGUCUGUGGGUCGAGUCUCAGUAUUAGUCAGCCGAGUGAGGAUGUUUCGAUUCGAGAUCAAAUUGAAGCUGCGCGCUGUCCAACGCCCGACGAUCCGAAUGCGCCGCCAACACUUCCUCUGGAUCAGGUGUUGAAAUUAAAGGACAAAUUAAUGAAACACGCGAGAGCGGAAGAAGUGGCUUUAAAGAGAAUCAAAGAUUUGACUAUUCAAAUCACGACACUGAAAAAUCAGAACGAAGAACUUAUCGCCGAACAAGAGAUUUUACAGCAAACAGCUUCGGAGCAACUCUUCCAAAUGGAGGCAAUGCGAGGCAGACUCGAGCAGCACAAGCAGGACGCUCCUUUCGCUCAGAGACAAGCCACCUCGCGAUUGGAACUUCAACUUCACGAGGUCAACACCAAAAUACAUUCACUUGAGCGAAUGAUCGCCGACAAGGAUCUCGAGCUAAAGGAACAACGCGAUCAUCUCGACAGAGCUAAUCAAUUGCUAAUGGACAAGGAAAUGGAGAUUGCCAACAUUGUCCAGUCGGAGAGCAACGUUAUUCAAAAAUUGAAAGAUCGUCUCGAAAUCGUGGAGGAGGAGAAGAAAAUGAUCGAAUCGAAACUCGGCAAACAGGAGCGCGUUCAAAUGGAACUUCCCCAACUCCUCGACACAAUGCUCGCUGACAAGAACGAGGAAAUCGAUCAUCUCAAGGAGCAACUGCAGAAAAAGGAGAAACAACUCGAAUUAUACCUCGCCCUAAACUUGGACGAGACUCAAAUAAAAGACAAGCAACAAGAAACGAAAAACAGCGCACGAACACUCAGCGAUAUUCUAUCAAUCAAUUCCGAAUGCGAAGAAUUACAAAAUUCCGCCUAUCACGAGACAGACGCUAUCCGCGAAAUUCAACAUUCAACACAAAAUCAUAACGUCUCCUCGUUCCGUGUACCUGGAUUCUCAAAAAAUACCCUCGAAUUCACACCAAUCGAUGUCAAUAAAACAAUAUUCGUCCCCGAAUUAGACUUGGGCUCACAAAGUUUCACGCAACUCGAAGUCAAUUCAAUGUCCUCGGAGAAAAACCAAACCAACGAGUCACCUCUGCAAAAAUCAAAGAAAAACUCGCCCAAAACCAACUCUGAUGAAUUAUUAAGACAACAAAUUCAAGUCCUGGACACACAAUUAAAUGCAAUCAAGAAUGAACUCAGUCAAAAGUCGUCGACUCUAAGACAACGAGAAGCUGAAUUAUUAACCCUACAAAUGAACCUCGAGAAAUUACGCCACGAACUAAGAGAGACGAUCGAAUCACUAACCCGUGAUAAACUCUUCUUCAAGAGUCAAUUCGAACUCUCUCAAGUAAACGAGAGUAAAUUGAUCAAAGAUCUCGAGCAGGUGGAGAAUACAAUGAAAUUGAAACAAGAAGAAUUAGACGACUAUCGAAGUAAAAUUCAAGUAAACGAGAAAAUUCUGAUGGAAUUAAAAAAUGAGAACUCAAAAUUAAAGAAGAAUGUCGAAUCAAUCGAAAAUCAGAAAAUAAAUCAAAGUGCAUUGAACGAAAAAUUGCAGGAAGUGAAAUACCUCUCGGAACUUGUAUUCCAGAAAGAUGUCACUAUCGAGACGCUCGAGACCCGUAACAUUGAGAUUGAAAAUGAAAACAAACAGCUCUUUGAAUACAGAACGAAAUAUGAAUUAUCGAAAGAGGAAAUUUCUGGCUGUCAACUGGAAAUACAACGUUUGACCCAAGGUCUCAAUAAUCGCGAUGACAUCAUUCGAAGACUGGAAGAAAUGGCCCGAAGAAAUAGUUUCUCCGGAAAUUCCUCCCCCAGUGACAGCAACAAAAAUCAGGACAACAACAACAAAAGUCAAGAGAUUCAUCACUUGCAAGAAUAUCUCAAGGAGAAGGACAAAGUCAUCAGGCAAAUGAAUGACGACAGUAAGAGUUUGCACCGUGCCUUAGAAACAAUUCAGAAUAAAAUGAAAGAAUCCGGAAAUGUUGUCGAAUUGAGGAAAAAAUUGAAGGAAGAAAAGAAAAUGAACGUUCAAUUGAAGGAAUCUCUAGAUAAGGCUCUCAAUGAACUGGAUCGACUCAAACAGGAAGGAGUCCAAUUGGAAGAGGAAGGAAUCGAGGACAUGGUUCACAGGGAAUUAAAUCUCUCAGCUCAGUUGGAUAAGCAAAUAAUGGAUGCAAUUGAAAGUGAACCGGAAGAAUCAGCCCUUCGACGAAUGGAAAAACAUUCCUGUAAUUCAUUGACAAUAAAACCGGCCGAUUAUCGACAGCAUGAUAAAUUAAUGGAGAAACUAAACGAUAUGAAAUCGAAAUUACUACAGAGCAAUAAGGAAAAAGAAGAGAUUUCUCGUUUGAAGGACGACUUGGAAAUUGAGAAAGAAAUGCUUCAGUCACAAGUGAAUGAAUACGAAAAUCGAAUUUUGCAAAUUAAGUCCGAAUUCAUGGAGGAGGGAAAUAAAGUUAAGAGCCUCGACGAAGAAAUUUUACGACAGCGAAAUGUGAUUAAGGCCCUGAACGCACGUAUUGAAAAGGAACGAAAAAAUAUCGAUAUUCUUCAAGAACAGGACGCUGAACUUCUCUCAGCUUUGAGAAAAAAGCUCACCGCUUCAGUGAAAAAUGAAUCAAAAUUACGCGAGGACCUAAGUAAAAUUCAACAACAAUCAAAGAAUUACGAAAUACAACUCAAUUCAAUUGAUCGACAAGAGAAAACACAAAAUGAAAAUUCCACCGUUUCGUCAGAAUUUCUCAGACAAGAACAACAGAAAUACAUGGAACUGGUGGAGAAAUUUGAAAAUUUACAAACCUACAGUGAAGAAGUCAAGGAUAAUAUGAAAUUAAUGGAACGUGAAAAGAAAAGAUGUGAGGAGCAAUUGGAAUUUGCAAUUGAGAAGCAGGAGAACUUAACCAGUAAACUUGAUUUAAUUGAAUGUGAGAGGGAAAAUUUAAAUAGUGAUCUGAAGCGAAUGAAAAGUGAAUUGAAAAUGAAGGAAGAGGAAUGUGAAUUUUUGCAGAAAAAAUUGAAGACAAUGACGGACGCUGAAGAAAAACGACAACAACAAAAGAGCAAUGAACACGCCGAAUUGAAGAAAUUGAGACGCGAUUUGGAGAGCAGUAAAUCUGUUUUAAAGGAUUUGGAAACAGAUUUGGAGCAUUCAAAGACUGAAUUACGUUUCGCUAGAGAUCAAGAAUCGAGACUGAAGGAAAUGAUUUCUGAUUUACAGGAUGAAAUUCAAACAAGUCAAAGGCGAGAGGUUGAACUCUCUGAGAGUCUCAAGAGAGAGAGAAUUACCAGUGAGAAAAAUGUGCCAUCCAAAUUUUUGGAAAUCAUAAAAGAAUUAAACGAUAAUUUGGAGAGAGUUAAUCGUGAGAAGGCUGUGCUCUCAGAAAAAUUGAGUAGGGUCAGAGAAGAAAGGGAGAAUUUUGCUCUUCGUUCAAGAACUCUGGAAUCACAAUUAGCACAAAAGAAAUCUUCGCUUCAUUCUGGAACUUUAAAUCCAGUCACUGAAGACAAAUUGCAACUCUUUUACGGAAAAUAUCUGCGAACGGACAGCCGGCGCAAGGCUCUAAUUUAUCAAAAGCGAUAUUUGCUCGAUGUGUUGACGUGUUAUCAAAGAUCUGAGGAAAAUACUUUAGCAUUUCUUGCGCAAUUGACACAAACGGAAAGAACUUGCGUGAGGAAAGGUUCAAAUCGAAAAAAUUACAAAAGUUACUUUAAAAGUGUUGUUCUUGUUGUUAUUACCAUUCAUCGGAUAAAAUGGCUGAUUACGAGAUGGCGAAGUGGCAGAAGAAUUGGUGCGAAAGCAAUUUUAUCGAACACUGAUCAAUCAUUUGUUCCAUUACGAACCUCCUCGUCAAAUCAUUCGCCACCGGUUCGAGAUUUUCAAAAUGCAAACGGUGACCAGAAUUCCAAUUUCGAUGAAUAUCUGCAGCGUUUUCUAAAAACCUACAAUAUGAAUUUAAAAAAAGACAUUGAUGCAGAUCAUUCUGAUUAGUCAGGAAAAAUUUACUCAUCAGAAUUCUCUUUUUUUUACCAUUUAUUUAAUAAUUUAGUAUUUUAAUAUUUAAUAACCAUUUUUAUUUUAACUAUAUUAUACAGAAUUUUAUUUUAUUCUAAAUGUUACAACAAUUUUUAGUCACAUUU